AUGAGUGAUCCCAGCCGUCCUCCCCAUUUCCUUUAUGACCCUUACAAUACAGCGUCGGUCCCCGAAUCCUCUGAGCAUGAGGCCGGCUUCAGUGACUGGUCCCCUUCCAACCUCCCCUUCGGGUCCAACUAUGAAGGGAUCCCCGGCUUUCCCGCAGAAUCCUCGACGGCAGCCUCGCGCAACAUCCCAGGCGACCGGUCGUUGAAAACAAAAGUCGCCAUCCCAAGGUCGACACACGCGAGCAAUUGGACCAGUAGUGGCCGCGUCAGCCGGGCCUGCGAGAAUUGUCGAGAGCAGAAAGCCAAGUGUAGCGGACAUCGCCCAACGUGCCAGCGAUGCCAGGAAGCAGAAAUCCGUUGUUCCUACGGGGAUCGCAAGCGAGAGAAGACGGCCAAGUGCGUGCAGACAUGUACACACCGGAUCCAAACUUAUCAGGCGCUCCUCCGAGAGAUCGUCCCCAAGUUAGAUUCCCAGACGGCGCAGCACGUGGAGGGUAUAGUCAACGAAAAACACGUGGUCGAUCGCGAUCAGUCCUUCGCUGGGGUUAACGAUUCCACCCUUCCGACCGCUGUUAGUUCAACCAAUGUGGCUCGGGCUUCAAGCCCGGGGCCGGCCUCCGGAACGCUGGAUUAUACCAACGAAGAUUUCAACCGUGACGAGAAGGUGCAGGCGAUGGGGUUUGUCGGGGAACACUCGGAGGUUGCAUGGAUGUACCGGUUGAAGCAGAUGCUGGAGCGGACGAUCCCGGUGUCACCGGAGGCUUUGGAUCGCCAUUCGCUUGCUUCGGUGAAUUACUUUGUUGAUGAGACUGACAUCCCCGUGUUAGACGACGUGGACAUCACGGAUCGACCUCCGCAGGCCCUGGCCGAUUACCUGGCGGACAUCUACUUUGAAGUUGUGCACCCCUCUUUUCCGAUUAUUGGCAAAGUGAUCUUCCUGAAACAACUCAACUCAUUUUAUACGGCCCCUUUCAUGCGGCCCGGAAAAAGGUGGUUGGCAAUACUUCACUUGAUCUUCGCCAUCGCCGCCAAGUACUCCCAUUACUUGCAAGACGAAACGGAUGACACCCCCGAUGGCAGCCUCUCUUACUUUUCUCGUGCGUGGAAGUUGAGCAAUAACGAGAUAUCCCUGUUGGAUCACCCCAAUCUUCAACAAGUUCAGGUGGAAGGUUUGACUUCUUUCUAUCUACUGCUGACGGGACAGGUCAACCGAUCAUGGAGAUUAUGCGGCCUCUCUAUGCGGUCGGCAGUCACGAUGGGGUUAAAUUUGCGCAGUGAGAGCAGUAGUAUUGCACCCGUAUCCAAAGAGACGCGGUAUCGGGUGUGGUGGUCCCUAUACAUGCUCGACUCUCUCCUCUGUGUGAUGACCGGUCGGCCCCCCAGCAGCAGCGAUGAUUUUCGCACCACGCCACUUCCACUGCCGUUUAGGGAAGAGGUCUUUCUGGAGGAGAGAGUAGCCCUGCUCAUUGAAGACCAUGACGCCCGAAAUUUGUUCAUGGAGUCUCUUCUCUGCAGGGGGUCGGGGAAGUCGGCGAUGGAAGGUGCCACAACACCGGACACAAUGGGACCCCCGCUGACACACAUAGGGAGACAAUGUGAGCAACUUGUGUCCAUUGCCAUGGAGUCCCUCACACCGAACUUUUCGCUCUAUUUUCUGUACCUCGUCGAUCUGGUGCUGACCGUGCGUGAGACUGUUGACACGAUCUACGCUCCAGGAGCCGCCCGAAAAUCAUGGCGUGACAUUGAGGCGGCGAUCGCCGUCCUGAACGGCAAGGUGGAUGCUUGGCACUCUCGACUUUCACCCGCGUAUCACUUCACGCAAGGGACGCCUGGCCUGGAGCAGCAACGGACCAGCUUGGCAUUCCACUUCUACAGCACCAAAAUCCUCAUCUCACAACCCUGCCUGAGCCGCCUGACGCGACACGGCCCAGGCACGGAGACGUCGGGAAGCUUCUGCGACACCAUGGCCGACGUAUGUGUCAAUGCCGCCGGCCAGAUGAUCGAGCUCUUCCCAGAGUUGCCAGAUCCCACGUGGGUGUACCAUGUCUCGCCUUGGUGGUGUAUCCUUCACUUCCUCACUCAGCCGCUGACGGUACUCCUGAUCGAACUGCUGCUCCGGUCCAAGGCCGGGACAAUCCGACACCGGACCGUGCUCGAGCAGGUCUGUAAGGUCACCCGGUGGCUGUCUCAGCUGUCGACGAAGGAUUCAUACUACCAGCGAGCGUGGCUCGUGUGUAAGGGUCUCUACACCCAGGACGCAGGGGACCCGGACACUAGAUCUUUCGCAGAUAAGGAGCGAAACUGA